AGCCGCUUGUACGUCGACCGGAAGAGCUCUUCUUCGCGUCACGUCGUCCGGAGGACGCGCAGCGCGCCAUCGACCCAUAGAUCGAAACCGUUUCCGUUUCCCUCCGUCUGUAUGUGAGUGUCCGUGUGAAUUUUUUUUUUUUUUCCAUCGCGCAAGUUCGUCCGGAAAAUUUGUCGUUCGAGUGUUAAUUGGUUAAUGGAUUACCAACGAACCAUCAGUUAAGACAGGAAGUGACGGGAGAUGAACAUCGAGCUGUGAUCUGUGAAUGUGCGAUCGAAAGGACAGAAACGUGGACGUCAUGAGAGGUGUCACAAGAUAUCGGGGAACCCAACUUACCCCGUCCGCGACCCUUUUCGUCAUCCUCGCCGUUUUUGUGAGCGGUGUUCGCGGACUUACCAAUGUAUCUAUCGAUAUUCCAUUGGCCGUAGCAGCUGGUUCGACCGUCAAUAUGACCUGCAGAUACGAUCUACAAUCAGACACUUUAUACACAGUGAAAUGGUACAAGGGUCCUGAAUUUUUUCGAUACCUACCGAAAGAGAUGCCACCGAUCACUGUUUUCGGAGAGCUGGGUACCAAAGUCAUCAGGGAACGAAGCGACGCUCACCAUGUGGUUCUGAAAGACGUUCAACCGGAUCAUAGUGGCAAAUACCGUUGCGAAGUAUCUGGCGAUUCACCUUCGUUUAAUACCUUAAUAGUCUCUGGUUACAUGUACGUUGCCAAUCUACCGAAUGGAGAUCCCCAAGUUAGAGUGGAGAAGAUACGAUACGCGGUCGGGGAUACCGUACGUGCAAACUGCACUGUUCCUUCAGGAAAACCACCAGCGAAUGUGACAUGGACUGUCAAUGAUGUGCCGGUGAAUUCCAGUUCCAUGAUGAACAAGAUCGAUGACAAUCAGCAAUUAAUAACUAUGGCAGGACUGGAUUUUGAAAUAAUUCCGGACAGUUUCAGUAACGGGAGAUUGCAUAUUGUUUGUCAUGCUAAUGUUUUUCAUUUAUACAAUAAACAAGCUGAUGUUCUCUUGACCGAGGAACGUCCACGUUUGGCAUCUGUAUUAGGAACUCGAGAAUCUUCUUACGUUGGGGGUGCAGCGAAACACAUCGGCGGAUGGUCCUUAUUGAAUAUCGCAGUCAUGCUGACGCUGUGCAAUUUAAGAUAACAUCAAUGAACCCGAUUAUAAUGCAUGUGACUGUAUCAAGAACCGGAAAGAGGGAAAUUGUUUGUAAAAUUUUGAAAUUAUUAAGUGCGACGAAAAUGGGGUGGAGCGAGAAAAAUGAAUCUUUCGUUAACAUAAUAAAUAUCGAUCGUAUGUUAUUCGUGUAAAUAGGAUAAAAAUUUAGCGAAUUAUUUAAGUGUAAUUAAGACCCGCGCUGUCUCGUUGCAGCGAGACGAAUUUAUAACCCGACUAACAUAAUGCCAUAAUAUUAUGUAUUAGAUCGACGAUGUGUCGCGCCAAAAAGUAUUCGAACAAUUGUUUGAAUACUAAUUACAUCGUGUUUUCUAUUCUCCGACAAUGAUUUUGAUACCUCUUCUGUAACACCGUAGCCACCGGAAUGUAUCUUAUCAUCAUGUUUCUAGGUGAAAGCUGUUAUUGUUUGUGAAUGAAGUUUUAUUUAAAUGAAAAACAAAUAAAUGAUUCACCUUUGUUA